AUGCCCCUGAAAUCUCCCGACCAGAUCAAAAUCUUCACCCCCAUCGGCAUGCUCGGCUACGGCCUGCGAGAAGACCAUCUCUGGACCGCCCUUGACGGCGGCGUCGACGCCAUCAUCGCCGACAGCGGCUCGACCGACAGCGGUCCCCAGAAGCUCGCCCUCGGCCACACCACCAUGCCGCGCGAGGCGUACGAGCGCGAUCUGGAUCUCCUCCUCGCGGCGUGCCAUGUCCACCGCGUGCCGGUCCUCAUCGGAUCCGCGGGCGGAGACGGCGCCAACGAGCAUGUGGAUCUGUUUGUUGAGAUCAUCACCGAUCUCAUCGCGCGAAAGGGCUAUCGAUCGAUGAAGAUCGUCACCAUCUACGCCGAGAUCGAUAAGGACCAUGUCCGCUCCAGUCUGGCGCGCGGCGACAUUGCGCCCUGCAGCAGGGCAGUGCCGCCGCUGAAGAGCUCCGACGUCGACGACGCCACUCGCAUCGUCGCCCAGAUGGGUCUGGAGCCGUAUGUCCAGGCGAUGCGGGAUCAUCCCGAUUUUGAUAUCAUUGUCGGUGGCCGCGCCUAUGACCCAGCGCCAUACGCUGCAUUCUGUGUGUAUCACGGCUUCACUGACCUCGGGAUCGCGUACCACAUGGGCAAGAUCAUGGAGUGCGGUGCCCUCUGCUCGGCCCCCAAGAGCUCCGCGGCGCUGGCCACGGUGCGCAAAGACAGCUUCGACAUCGUCCCGCUCGACCCGGCGUCGCGAUGCACCAUCACCUCCGUCGCUGCCCAUACCCUGUACGAGAAGACCCGGCCAGACAUCCUCAUCGGCCCCGGAGGCUGCCUCCAUCUCGAGGCCGCCACAUACGAGCAGUUCCCGGACAACCGAACCGUCCGUGUUCGGGGCGGUCGGUUCGAUCCUGCCGAGACCUACACGGUGAAACUCGAGGGAGCUCGCGUGCUCGGCUAUCGGGCGACCUUCUUUGGUGGAUUCCGCGACCCCAUCUUGAUAUCUCAGAUCGACGAUUUCCUGACACGAGUGAAGGAGUAUGUCAAAAGCUGGGUGUCCUUCCCUUUCGGCCUGGAAUUCCACCAGUACGGACGGAACGCCGUCAUGGGUCCGCUGGAACCAGAAGCCGACAUCCUCCCCAGGGAGGUCGGCAUCUGCGGCGAGGUCUGGGCUCCCACGCAGGACCAGGCAACCCACGUCAGCAGCAUCGCCCGGCUGGCCUGCAUCCAUGGGCCGUAUCCGCAUCAGCUGGCGACGGCCGGGAAUUUCGCCCUGCCGUUUCCCCCGUUCGAUAUCCCCAUGGGCGAGGUCUGCGAGUUCUGCAUCUACCACGUCCUUCCUGUCGACGAUCCUGUGAGGCUUUUCCAGAUCAGCCAGCGGACGAUUGACGGUGUGGGCAGUUUUGUGUUUAGUCGACCGAAAAUCCUCCCACUGAAUUCGAAGAAGCCUGAUGAAGAGACCAAAAAAGCUGCUUCUGAACCUGCGCAGCAAAAGACAGCACCAUCGCAACGACCCUUCCUCAAACCUGACCCCCCACAAGGGUACUCCUAUCUCGGCGACAUCGCGUCUAUGGUCCGCACAAAGAACGCCGGUCCAUACGAAUUGACGAUGGACGUGAUGUUCGACGACGACGAGACCUUCCAAACGGUGAAGAAGAGUAACGUUCUCUCCGUGGACGCCAUCACGCGACUGUAUCACAUUCCAGAGGACGACGUCAUCGCCUGUCUGUUCUGGGACCAGGCGCGCGCGUUCAAGGCCACCAUCAAACGGCCGAAUGUGUCUGGUCAGUUUGGCGAUGUGGACAUGCAUGGCUCCCAGCAGCAUGUGCCGUUGAUGUAUCUCCAAGUGCCGGUUUCGAGGGAUUGGAUUCGAGGGCGUGUUCGGGCUUGA